AUGUACAACAUGGUCAAUACGGUCAACAUGGUCAACACGGUCAACACGGUCAACAUUGUCAACACGGUCAGCAUGGUCAAAAUGGUCAACAUGGUUAACAUGGUCAACAUGGUCAACAUGGUUAACAUGGUCAACAUGGCCAAAAUGGUCAACAUGGUAAACACGGUCAUCAAAGUCAUCAUGGUCAACAUGGUCAACAUGGUCAAAAUGGUCGACAUGGUCAACACUGUCGACAUGGUCAACACUGUCAUCAAAGUCAUCAUGGUCAACAUGGUCAACAUGUAUAUUACUAUCAACAUGUACAACAUGGUCAAUACGGUCAACAUGGUCAACACGGUCAACACGGUCAACAUUGUCAACACGGUCAGCAUGGUCAAAAUGGUCAACAUGGUUAACAUGGUCAACAUGGUCAACAUGGUUAACAUGGUCAACAUGGCCAAAAUGGUCAACAUGGUAAACACGGUCAUCAAAGUCAUCAUGGUCAACAUGGUCAACAUGGUCAACAUGGUCAAAAUGGUCGACAUGGUCAACACUGUCGACAUGGUCAACACUGUCAUCAAAGUCAUCAUGGUCAACAUGGUCAACAUGUACCCACCAGUAAACAGUGUGACACUUCCUGACGAAGAAGACUGUUGUACUAAUUCCUAUGGCACUUAA